UUUUUAAUGUUUUGAAUAUACAUUUCAGGGUCAAGGGCAAUUUGUAGAAGAUUUGUUGAUGAUUUCAUAAUCAGCACGUACACUGCUGUCAGUUUAUAAAAAAAACCGUAUACAUUGUAGCCCUAGUGGAUUCCGAGAUGGCGGAAAAUAACACGAAGUCAGAACCCAGGUAUGAACCAGUUUAUCUUGAUCGCCCACCUAUAGAGCAAUGGAUGGCUGAAGAACGGGAAAAAGCUUGGCAUGAAUAUCAGGAUGCGAAGAAAGAGUUUCCAGAGUUGACCAAGCCAAACAGUAGACCAAUUGAAUUUAUGGUUCCCUAUGUAGGACUUCCUGUAGCAGGAGGUUUGUUUAUUUAUGCCAUGUGGGGACUGAGGACGAGAAAACUUGACCUUCCUAUGUAUUUAAUUCACACACGUUUAGCUGUUCAAGGAACAAUUGUUAUGAGUUUUGCAGCUAUUGGAAUUGGACAGUCAGCUAGACAUAUUUUAAAGACAUACUUUAAUAUUGGAGAUGGUGCAAUAAAAUGGUCAAAAAGAUAAUAAACUGUAACUUAUGUCUCUCAUCAGACAGCUGUUAUUAAGAGUUGACAUCAGAAAAUUAUCAAUUCCAGUUAUGAAUGAUAAUAAAUAUGGUUUUAUUAAAGCUUCGAUAAGUCAUGGCAUUUUGACAGAAUUUACUGUAUGUGAUGAAAUUAUUUUUCAAUUAUGGAACACAUAAUCAUGGUCAGACAUAUAAUGUGAAGGCAGUAAUGGGAAAUGUAAUUAAACCUCAUAUUGUAUUUUGAAAAGUGUUCAAUAUACUUUUAAUUUUCAUAUAAGUUACCAACUAAACUAAGGCAGAUAACUCUAAAUAAAAAAUUCAACUACAAUUACCCAUCUACGUUAAAAAUGUAUUCUAUGCCUUGCCUGUGAUAUAUAUACAUGUAUAUUGUUUUUGAAAUAACUUAAAGCAAAAUAUUUAUGAAUGACAUCCAAACUCCAAAGUUUGGAUGUCAUUCACAAAUAUUUUGCUUUCAGUUUAAAGUAUUAAUUUUGAACAUAGAACUUCUGUACUUAGUUGUCAUUGUAGACUGAUUUAUCACAAUCCAUAAACCUUAAAGGGACUGGAUGAUAAGAAUUUAUAAUGUAAGUCAUAUGAUUUCUCUAUUUUUAUGGAUUUUUCCAUACGGGUAAUGUAGAUUCAGCUUUUCUUUGCAAAAGGAAUAGAUUUGAUACUGGAAUAUCAGAAUUACAAGAUAUAUUUGAUUGAAUCUGCUUAAUGAAGUUGAGAUUCGUUGACAAGUGAAAGAGUUUUAGCAACUUCUAUUUCAGAAAACUCUCAGCAGUUCAUUAAUUAUUUUUUUCAUUUUGAAUUAUGAUGUUACCAGUUAACCACAUUAUUGAUUUAAUAGCUUGUAUGGUUGAAAUUACUGUUGGUGUACAUGUUUUAAAUGUUAUUUGGCAGAUUUUGGAGUCUACAGUUUAUUUGUGUUUCAUAGACAUUAAUUUAUAUCUUGUCCAUUGAUUGUGUAAUUUUUCUGACUAAAACAUUAUUCGAAACAUGUCACAUUUUUUGGGGUCAAAUUUAGAAGAACAAUGACAAACAGUAAUGGAUUUACAAAGCCACUGUAACUUUACAGGAGUUCUUAUGAUGCAUUUUAAGCAACUGAUAUACAAAUUUUUAUAUGUCAUAUAUAUUUUUGUGGUAAGUUAUUUUAUGUAUGUAAAUAAUGUGGAAAAAAAUGUAGAGAUGCAAAUGUUGAAUAUUUUAAAAGUGUUACUUUUAAACUAUGAUUGAAUAAACAAUUAAAAAACA